GGCUCUAGAGCCAGACUGCUCCAGAGAUGGUAGAUGGACUUGCCAUGUGAACCUGUGUCCAUCACUUUACCUAGCACCUCCAUUUCCUCGGCUCUCAGAUCUGAACCAAUCGAUGUCCAAAGUUGAUGAGAAGAGGCGGGUCUUAUGCAAAUCAUGUCGCCUUCGAGAAGCAAAUAGUGAUACAAGAACUGGGGAGGAGGCUCCGACGCGGACCCUACAGAGCCCGGCGUCUGCCGAAUAGCCAGCCUUGUCUCCGCGGCCGCCCAAGCUCGGAGCCAUCCAGCGACUCGGCGAGCGGCCUCAGGUGGACAGCCAUCUGGAGAGCCCGCCUUGAGCCAGGGACUUUCACUUCAAGCCGGGUCUCCAGUUCAAGAAAGAGGUACGGCUGCCUCCUUGCCCCCAGCGCAGGGCCACCAUGGGGAAGAACAACAGCAAGCUGGCCCCCGAGGUGCUGGAAGACCUGGUCCAAAACACGGAGUUCAGCGAGCAGGAGCUAAAGCAGUGGUAUAAGGGUUUCCUGAAGGACUGCCCCAGCGGCAUCCUCAACCUGGAGGAGUUUCAGCAACUCUACAUCAAGUUCUUCCCUUACGGAGACGCCUCCAAGUUUGCACAGCAUGCUUUCCGCACCUUCGACAAGAACGGCGAUGGCACCAUCGACUUCCGGGAGUUCAUCUGCGCCCUUUCUGUCACCUCCCGUGGCAGCUUCGAGCAGAAGCUCAACUGGGCCUUUGAGAUGUACGACCUGGACGGCGAUGGGCGCAUCACACGACUAGAGAUGCUGGAGAUCAUCGAGGCUAUCUAUAAGAUGGUGGGCACUGUGAUCAUGAUGCGCAUGAACCAGGAUGGGCUCACACCCCAGCAGCGUGUGGACAAGAUCUUCAAGAAGAUGGACCAGGAUAAGGAUGACCAGAUCACGCUGGAGGAGUUCAAGGAGGCGGCCAAGAGUGACCCAUCCAUCGUGUUGCUGCUGCAGUGUGACAUGCAGAAGUAGAAGCCGGUGAGGGGCAGGGCCCCUGGCCAGGAAAGGCAUGGCACCUCCCAACCUGAUGUCCUCUCGCUGGCCCAUCCCCAGGGGGAGGGGCGUUCUAGCCUCACUCUCUAGCUCACCCACUCCUCUGCCCAAGCCUUUCUCUCCUCAGUCAAGUUCCACGAGCGACCACCUCAUCCUGCAAGAGAGACGGGUCCUCUCAAGUAGCCUGUCCUCAGAUAGUCUGUCACUAGCUCCACCUCUAGCCUUGGCCUACAACCAACAUCCUUUGGGCUUAGGAGAGUUGGCUUUUGACCCAAGAGGCGAGGUUAAGGAGGGGCUGAGGACUUGCUUUGCAAUCCUGUUGUUCCCAGGAUAAUGGUCCAAAUAACAGCAUGGGUCCCACAGGCCCUCAGUCAAGGGGCCAAACCGGUUCUGUCCUGGACUAUCCAGAUUCCCCGAGAGGUGGUCUCUGCCCUGCCCCCCCCCCUGCUCUACCUGGCUCCUCUGGCCCCCAGCCUUUGGAAAGUUCAGUGAGUCCUUUCUUCAGCUAAUGCUUGUUAAGCACUUGCCCCAUGCCAGGCACCUGAAGGUGCUAAGAAUACGGUUGUUUACAGAAACCCAUUCCCUGCCCUCUGGAAGCUCACAGGGUAAAAAACAAGACAACUUCCAAGGGUUGCGGUCUCAGACAGGGAGGUGGAACACAACGGAGAUGAAGGUGCAAGGCAGCUGACAAGUUGUCAGAACUAGUGUGUCCUCCAGCUGGUGCCACCCAAAGCUGCAGAAAGACCGACUGGAAAGCCUUUGGAAGUUUAGGUGCCAUGUGGGUGGAAGUUUUAAGAAAAACAAAAUUUUAUGUAAUAUUUAUUUUUUUAGUGCCCUUUCAAAGAGAUAAGAUCAUUUUAUUAGACUAUUAAAAAUAUACUCUAUAUACUUGAUUUCUUAAAAAAAAAGAUUUAAAUGAAUAUAAAAAUGCUAAUGUUCAAAGGGGGGAAAAUGUUUAGGCAAAAGCAGUAGGGCCAUCAUCAGGCCUGAAGAACCUGUACUCUCACCACCAGCAGUUCCUGCUGUCUCUGCUACGUCCCUUUAUUACCUUUUCUCAGUUCCACAAGUGACUUUUCUGUCGCACACCUCGGGUGCUGACGUCAGAGAAAGAAACGAAGCUUAUCAUGGGCUAGCACAGUUCAUACCCACAUCUCGGUACAUGGGCAAGUGCAGUUCAUUCCCACAUCUCGGUACCAUAGACAAGUGCAGUUCAUACAUCUUGGUAGCUUGUUUCUGAGUUUGGGUUGGUUUUUCAGGGAUCGGCUUAUUCUCUCACAGCCUAAGAUAGAAGGAGCUAGAAGAAAGGGAUCGUGCAGCCGCUGUUCAGGCUUCAGGGCUGCUCUUAUUUAUGUGCUGGGCGUACUCCCUACAAAAGGCUUUUCCUAAAUCCUUCUGUCCUCCAUCGCCAGGUAAUCUUUGUCACCUUCCGAGCUCACCAGCUUUGCUUUCUGAAUUUUAAGGUCUAUGAGCUAACUAUUGUGCUGCAUGCCUUCCAGAAAAAAUCCACUUGCUUCUUCCAGUUCCUCACUUCACUUUCGCCUGCGCUUCCUUGCGAUCAGAGGUUGGCUUUGAUGCGCGAUGACAGUUGGCUUCCUCUUGAACUGCUGUGAAAACAGUCUAGUACAGAGAGAUGUUGUCAGCCAGGGUGGGAGCAGAGAGCGCUUGUGAAGCUGGGGCGUGUGGUGGAAGCUAAGGCGUGUGGUUGCGGAGAGUGCCUGCCACUUACUUCCGAGUGCUCACCUCCCUUCUGGUAGAAAUGUUUGUAGAUUCUGACCUGUGGUCCAAAAUUCUGUCAGACCUUCCUUCCUGUGGCCUUUGGAGGGAGCAAGCCAACUUCUUGACCUGCCUAUCCAGGCUGCGUGGUAAGGGUGAGAAACUCUUAGCCUCAAGUGAUACUGGCAAGUGUUUAUCUGGCAACGCUUUGUGGGGGCUGCGCCAUGGCUCACACAAACUGCUGUUAAGCAUGUCUUGUGCUAUCAUCAGUGCCACAGAUGACACAUACAUGCUCAACUGCCUCGCUCAGCAGGGACCUGAAUCUUCUAGUGAAAAGCUUUUCUUCCCCCCCACCCCCAAUGUUUAAUCUAGCCCAACGCACAAUGACAGGGAACUUCUUGGCUUUCAAAGGCUUGUAUCUACCUGCAUCUCAUUUUGCCCUCACAGCCCAGGGAGAUAGGGGUCUUCAGUACUUUUUACCCAGGUUUGGAAGCUAAGGUUAAGGGUUGAGGGUGAGAGGUCUCUUGUGUGCGAGACACACAAUGCCAAGACUCAAAUGUAAGGCUCUCCAAAUGUCUCUUCUUUGCUCUGAUUCGUCCAGAUGCUAACUGCAGGACAAAUUGACUUAUGUCCUUUCAGAAGUUUCCUGCCAAGAACUUGCUGAGGCUACAGUCUUCCAAAAAGGAGGGGGAUCUUGAAGUCUCUCCAUUUUCAAGCACCCUCUUGUUGCUUCUGGGCAGUUUUGCAUGGACCAAUGCUCUUCUUGGAGGCUGCUAGCCAAAUCCUGGAUGCAUCUUGCAUUGCCUUCCCCAGUAACUUCCUUCCCAAAAGAAUUGCUUUUCUUUUCCAAGCUGGUAGGCAAAUUCUACCCAUGAGACACAUCACUCCAGGCUUCUGGCCACCCACACAUGGGCAAUAUUUGCUACUUAGGCCAAGGGUUUCAGACAGCCAACAGGCCCCAAACUGGCUCUGGCCUCUUGCUGAUGGGAGGAGCCACAGGCAGGUUAAGCCUUGCUCCUACAUUCUCCUGGGUGUCUAAAACUUAGUAUGCCCAGGAUACCCUGUGGUAGAGCGCCCAUCCCUGCCUUGGGAAGAGAGAAGUCUCCCAUCUCUGCACCAGCUUAAAAAUCACUUAGCAUGAAGCACAGGUCAGUAGAGAUCUGUGUGUGACUUGCACAGACAUGAAAACCUAAAUGCAGUUAAAACACUGACAUAUCAAAUUCUCCUUCGAGGUUCUGUAUCCUCUUAUAGAAAGUCUGUGAAUCUGGUGGUUCCAAAUUUAGCCUUCUCAUGCCUGCUAUCCUCAUUCAUCCUUUCUGGCUAAAUGAUGAGCCCCUAAUUUCUCAUCCCUAAAAAUCUCAGCGUAGGCUGCUUUGUGCGCUGCUGCAGUCCAUGCAGCUGCAUAAUUACUAGCAUACCUUUAAAAUUAAGAGAAAACCAAGCCCAUUGGCAAAGGCACCAAUUCUCUUCUGCUCUGGCAAUGGCAGAGCCUCAAAAGCAGAAAUCUAUUUGAUGUAGAAGGUUGUGGGAGCAAGAAGAGGACAAGCUAGUCUUCCUGGGCAGGGCAGUGAGCAGACACUGUAAAUAUUUUUACACACACACACACAAAAAUGUAUUAAAGCAAAAGUUAUUUCCUGAAGAUCCACCCUGGGUGAGGCUUUGUGUUGGCUUUAGAAAUCACCGCGGGGCUAAGAAUCCAUUUCUUUACAAUAGCUCCUUCAUUGUGCUUAAAGAGAGCGAAGGAUUCACGUGCUCAAUUUAAAAGUCUCAGAAAAACAUGGGUAUUUUUUUUUUUUUUGUUUCCCCUGGACUUUUCAGGGCGUUCUCUUCCUAGCUUUGUUGGAGUGUGGGGUAGAACAGGGUCUCUCAGGAUGCAUGGGUCCCUCUGCUUGGUGGAGGCUGUCCAGAUGCACGGUCUUCUAAUUGGUGAGGAAGCCCAGGUGUAUCCCAGUUCACUGCGGGAGCCCCGUUGUCACCCUGUCCCCUCCAGACGUGCUGCUUCAGAUUGUGUUCACAGCAAGCAACCAUCUUCACUGAUUAACCCUGUGCCACGUGGUGUGUGUUUUUCCCACUGACAAUGAAUAAAAGGUGUGACUGUA